AUGAUGCGUCCUUUUGGGUCUUUCAAGAAACCUCUUCGCAUCAAGCAGAGACUGAAAUUACCAUUAACCGCCACAUAUCGCAUGCGCACGCUCUUCCAUCGCAUUUCUGCCAUGCUGACUACCACCAAUAAUUAUACGGAAGACUCAAGUUCUGAAUCUACUACUACUAUCAAGGCUAGCAGCCUCACCAGGAACUACCCUAACAUGGACGUGAAUAUGACCACAAAUAUGGAGAAGACGCUGGAUAAUAUCGAAGGACCUGCCUUCCCAGCUCAACGUCGUCAACUUCCUCACAGACCACCAACACCAACACCACCACCAGCAUCAAUAUCAACAUCAACAUCAAUCCCACCACCAGCCCCAACAACCACCCACCCCCCAUUCCCAUUCCCAUCCUCAUCCUCCUUCACCCACCCUCACCCUCAUCCUCACUCUCACCACCAACAACAACCACCACCACCCUACCACUUCCACCCCCCCAAAUCCGUAACCUGGGGUCCCAUCACCGAAAUCCCCAUCUACUCCCCUUCCCCAACUCCAUCACCCCAAUCCUCCCCCUCCACCUCCUGGAUCGACCUCAGCACCACAACAACACCAUCAUCAGCAACCUCCUCCACCGCAGCCCUAACCUCCUCGUCCACCUUCUCCCCCACCAUCCCCAAACCCAGCCCACCACGAAGCCACCCCAUCAUCCACCGUCCCCUCAAACCCAUCCGCAAACCCCCCACCCAACUCGACAACGAAAUGUUCUACCGCAACCUCUACCACAUGUCUCAGAUCAGCACGCUCCGAUUAAACAUCGUCUACGACGCGCUGAGUUUCCUGGGCGGGGACUUCCUGGACCAGGUCCUUCUCAUGGAGGAGGGGUAUUUGAUGCAGGUGGCGGUGAUGCAUGCGAGACAGGCGCAGCAGAGGGAUUUUGCAAGGUUUUCUGUUGCUGCUGCUCGUGCUGCUGGUGGUGCUGGUCCUUUCGGUGGUAAUGGUGGGUUUGGGGCGGUGAUUCCUCGUCGCCCGAGUCCGGUUAAGGGGGGUCGAGUGGAGAAGAGGAAGAUGAGGAAGAUGAUGAGAAAGAGAAAGGCGUCGGAUGUUAUGGGGGCGGAAUUUUGGGAGCAGGUGAAUGAGAGGGAGGAGGGGUAUGAGAUUGAUGAGGAUGAGGAUAUGGAUACUAGGGAUUGGGUGUAG